GGAAAAUAUAAAUACAAAUAAUUUUCAAACUCAACUGUUUACUCUUUACUUGAAAAUAUCGUAGAACUGCAGAUAUUUUGGAUUUGACUACCACCGAAAUCCAGUAUACAAAUCAAUGUAUCAAAUGAAUCAUUAUCAGUUCAGUGGCACUAAUAAGCGUUUUAAAUUUUAUGCGUCUAAUCUCAGCGUAAUCAUUCAUUUCUUUCAUCAGAAAAUACUAAUUGCCUUAUGCCUUAAUUUUCCAGUCUAUUUCCAAUGAAAACAUCAUCAUAUAUGAUACGCAUAGUUUAGCUCAGAAGAUAGAUCAAUUUUAUCAGGAUGGAUGUGAAAAUCUUCAGGUAGAACAAUGAAAGAUGUGUAAAUGCUUUAUUUUAAAUUUCCACUGAAGGUCAUCACAGACUUCGACCAUACAAUUACAGGUUACCGCAGUAAUACUGGUGAAAGAGUUCAAUCAUGUCAUGGUGAGAAUAUGUGAAAUUUAACUACAGUCUAAUCAUAUCAUGUUUAUGUAUAAAUAGAGGCAUUGGAAUCCCAUCCAUUCAUCAAUGACACAAUUAGAAAUGAGGUGAAUUCUGAGUGUCAUUCGUGUUAACAUUGGUAACUAAUUAUAGUUGAGAGCUUUGCGCUCCAAAUAUCUACCAAUUGGUAUGAAUUACCAGAAACUUCAUGCUGACGAAAUACAACAACUUAUGUCAAACUGGUGGACUGAAUCCCACAAUCUGUUAAUUUCAGCUGGUGUCACCAGGAAAAUGAUAGUGGAGACAUUAAAUUAUAGUCGAAUAAGUUUAAGAGAAAAGUUUUCAAAAUUUGUUAACAAACUUCAUGACUUCUCCAUCCCAUUAACAAUUUUCUCUGCUGGACUUGGCGAUGUUAUCGACUUAGUCCUUCAGAAUGCAAAAUUGAAAACUGACAGCAUAGAAAUUGUUGCAAAUUUCUUUCAUUUCAAUGACAAGAAUGAAGCUGUUGAGUUCUUUGAACCAACAAUACACAUGUGCAAUAAAAAUAUGUCGACAAUGAUCAAAAUGAAGAGAUUCAAUGAUAAUCUCUCGCUUAAACUAUCACGACCAAAUAUCAUCUUAUUAGGUGACUCACUGUAUGAUAUUCAUAUGACAGAUGGCUACGAACUCAUAUCAUCAUCAUCACAACCUACUGUAAUACGAAUAGGCUGGCUAAACCAGAAGAGCAAUGCAGAAGUACUACAGAAAUAUUCGUCAAUCUACGAUAUUGUACUAACUGAAGAAGAAACAUUCACUGUACCGAAUUUAUUAAUUAAAUGGAUAACUACACAGAUAGAUGAAUAGAGGAACGAAAUUAGACUGUCAAUUCAGCAAGUGACAUUUUGUUUUAUACAGUGUUAUUAGAAAAUAAAAAAAUGAGUCCAUUA